GUUUAUCGAAGGAAGGCGGGUGGGUGGAACUUCGGGUGAAUUCUGCGCCAAACGUUUUUAAAAUUUCCCACCCCCCCACCACACACUUCAUCCAAAACCUGACGAGUUUCUAUUUGCACGACCGCGUGGAGCUCCCCCUCAACGCACCACCGACCCAAGGUCAGCCGCGGUGUCCGCCCACGGGAACUCAAACCUCCGCAGACCCCGGGCAGGCUUCCUCCUGCUGCGCCCUUCUCCUUCCUCCCGACAUGGCAGUUUGACUCACCGGGUGAAAUAAUAGCCAAGUGACCGAGCACACGGACUCCCCGCACCCGCUCGCCUCUGCACACGGAGGAAGAAACGAACCGCCGCGGAGGGGAUUAGCCGAACGAGCGUCUGCCCCGAAUGUCAAGUUUUGCGAUCGUUGAAAAAAACAAGUGACACCAUGUUGGGAAACCCGGGGUCUUACGCCAAUAAGAAGAGGAAGAAGCCUGUUCUCAAACAAAAAAAGGUUUCGGACGGCAAUGACGUCGUCAAAUCGAACCCGUCAAAGCGCCACCGCGAUCGUCUGAAUGGCGAGCUGGACCGGCUCACUGACCUCCUGCCCUUCCUGGGGGACGUUCGCUCCCGCCUGGACAAGCUGUCGGUGCUGCGCCUGAGCGUGGGUUACCUGCGGGUCAAAGGCUACUUCAAAGCGACUAUGAGCACGAGCAGCAGUGCCAUGUUCUCCGGAGUGUCCAACGGGGACGGCACGGACACCACUGGCUUCUCCGAGGGGGAACUACUGCUCCAGGCGUUGAACGGGUUUGUGAUGGUGGUCACGUCAGACGGUUUGGUGUUCUACGUCUCCUCCACCGUCAAGGACUACCUGGGCUUCCAUCAGUCGGAUGUGGUUCAUCAGAGCGUGUUCGAGCUCAUCCACACCGAUGACCGGGCGCUGUUCAGGCAGCAGCUUCACUUCGCUCUGAACCCCCCGUCUGCUGCCGCAGGCGGAGACGCGCCGCGGAGCGCCGGCAGCGCGGUGGUGUACAGCCCCGAGCAGCUUCCCCCGGAGAACUCGUCCUUCCUGGAGAGGAGCUUCGUGUGUCGCUUCCGCUGCCUCCUGGACAACUCCUCCGGCUUCCUGGCUCUGAAGUUCCAGGGGCGACUGAAGUACCUCCACGGCCAGAAGGUUUCCAACGGCAACGGGAUCAAACCUCAGCUGGCGCUCUUCAGCAUCGCCGUGCCCGUCCAGCCUCCGACCAUCGUGGAGAUCCGAGCCAAAAUGCUCCUGUUUCAGACCAAGCACACGCUGGACUUCACUCCCCUGGGGGUCGACAGCAGGGGGAAGAUCAUUCUGGGAUAUUCAGAGAUGGAACUGUGUAUGAAAGGCUCCGGCUACCAGUUCAUCCACGCAGCCGACAUGAUGCACUGCGCCGACAACCACCUCCGCAUGAUUAAAACAGGAGAGAGCGGCCUGACGGUGUUCAGGCUCCUGACUAAGUCGGGCGGCUGGGUGUGGGUGAAGUCCAACGCCAAGCUGAUCUUCAAAGGAGGAAGACCUGAAUUCAUCAUCGCAUAUCAGAGAGCUUUAGUCAACGCGGAGGGCGAGGAGUUUCUGCGUCAAAGGAGGCUGCAGCUUCCCUUCAGCUUCACCACGGGGGAGGGCGUCCUCUACAACACCGGCCCCGCGGUGGACGUCGCGCACUUCCAGUUCAACAACAUGUUCACGGACGUGAGCGAGAUGAAGAAGGACGUGACCCCCGGCUCGCUGCUGGACUGCUUCCUGAGUCAGGAUCAGACGCUCUACACGCAGACGCCGGACACCCCUCUGCCCGUGGAUCAGGUGUUCAUGGACAGCGAGGCGCUGGUCACCAUGGGCACCAGCAACCUGGUCGUCGUGAAGGAGGAGGCCAAGCAGUCGGCGAUGGCUGUGCUCGACAACCUGGAAAAAAUGUUGGAAGAGGGCGACUUCUGCAGCACGUUGCAGAAUCUGGACGUCAGCGACGUGCAGCUGAUGGAGUGGGAGAAUGUCCUCAAGAGAUGCGGUCAGGAUGGAGAUCAGCAGAGCGCCGUCAAGUCCGAGCUGGACAGCGUCCUCACCGACGACAUCUUCGACUUCAUCGAUACCGUUGUGUUCAAGGACCAACACAAUGGUCUCCAGGACAGCUCUCCCAGCAGCAGUCAGCAGAACCCCUUCACGCAGGCCGGGCUCAGAGAGCCUCGGCUGUUUGAGGCGCCGAGCGCCGAUCGGAUUUACUCCCCAACGAAUGGUCUCUGCGCUCGCCAGCAGGAGGCGAUGAACGGCCCGCCGCUGGCAGAGUCCGCUCAGAUGUUCACCCAGAAGCUCUCCCACCUCCACCCCGACCUGCCUGCUGCGCAGCAGCUGCAGCUCCAGGACAUCUUCAGCCCGUCCAUAGAGCUCCCGGAGCUCACCGUGCCAGACUCCCUGGCCUCCCCUCCAUCCUGUGGGCGGGCCCCCGCUGGCCACGUGGGAUGCCCUCAGACCCAGUCCGCCCGUCCUCUGCGGUGUCCUCCUGCGAUGGCACCGAGCCGACAACUGCUGCAGGGCUCCGCCCGGCAGCCCAGCGGCGCUGCGCCCGCGGUCAUGGACAUGGUGCCCCACCUGAUUCCUUGCGAUGCCUUCGAUUCCAUCAGCGCACCUGACAUUCGCAGCCCCUUUGUCGCGGCGCGUCCGCGAGGAAGCCCCUCGUUCGAACCCCACGGCCAGCAGGUCCGUCAGUGCCCGCAGAGCCGGCAGCAGGCGGCGCCUCCUCAAGUCGGCAUCGUGCACAACGGACAGAAUCCCGAGAAGCAAGCGCGCCUGUGGCCCGGCGCCGCGGCGGGACUCACCCACGCCCAGCAGGGGGCGCUGGCGUGCGGCCAGGCGGCCGCUCACAGCAGCUGCAUGUUCGACCAGCACUUUUCCACCGGCCCGGCGGGAGGCGACGUCCUGGCUGCGUCCGGUUCUUUGGGCCCGAGGGGGGGCGAGGCGUCCGUGGAUCUGAGUCCUCCUCAAGGGUCCUGCUACUACCAGUGGAGCCGCGGUGCGCCCGUGGUGGGCACGUCCCCCAUCAGCCAGCAGCAGGCCGGCAUCGGCCCGCCCAACGUGGGGCCCAUUCAGCGCUACCGGGACGACCGAGUCUCUGCUGAACUCACCGGCAUGUUUGCCCCCCCUGCCCGGAACGUAGCCAUGUACCCGACGGAGUAGAGUCAAGCCACGUUCAUAUUUGUGCCACAACAAGUCCCGGAGAAGGACAAAAGUCAGUAUAGCCGGCCUGUAUCAGCGCUUCACAGACUCUCAUGCUUACUCUCAUUGUCCUGAUGUUUUAUAUCGCUCUGUAUCAUUUAUACUCUGUCCAGUCUGUAAUGUUUAAAAGCUGUGCUCGUCAGUUAGUGAGUGAAGAUACACUAUAGUAAUAAUGAAGUAUAAGGCCACAAGUGCGUUUACCAGGACGGAGCUUGAGCCAGCGAGGACGGGACAAGUGAAUCCAAGCAGCCAAAGAAAUAGGUUUUUAUAAGGGAAACCGGCAGUCGCGUCAUUUUCAGGCGGGGACGUUCAUUCGUGUCCCAAUUGUGGACACCGAAAAUAGAGACAGCGGAACAGUUUUCUUAACUGUAUUUUUUAUAUGAUGAUUUUAAACUCUGACAACGACCUUUCCAAAAGAUGUCGUCGUCAUCUUUGUAAAAAAGAAACAGUGACAACAAAUCACUCAAAGUGAUUUCUACCUGAAAGCACAGCUGUAACGUCAAUGUGAUAUAAUUACAGGUUACGUAAUCUGUAUAUUUUAAAUGAAAUGUGGUCGAUAUAAGUACCAUCGAAGCGUUCUUUAUACCAAAAGGCUUUGCUCGCAGUGAGGACCCCCCCCUCUGACGUUCCUAAGCUGCCUGGGCAGCAGGUUUUGGGGUUUGUCAGUUUUUUAGAAACCGAAAAUAAGCGUAGGUGCAGUUGAGUCCAUCUUAUUAUAUUCAGCUAUGGAACUAACCGUAAACUGGAAGUGCCAUGGCGCCGAGCCUUAAGAAAUCACAGACCCCCCCACUGUAACAUGCACUUAUCUCCAGAGACCUAAAUGAUCUCCAGUUGUUUCCACGUCCGGCAAAACCUGGAGGUGGUUUUAGGAAAAGCUUGGCUCUUAAGUCGCCGCGUCGUUGCAUCGGACAACGCCUCAGAAAGAUGAACCAAUGAUGCCUUCAGGUGCUGCUCAGUCAAAACAGCGUCACAUCAAACGGAAUGCUAAAACUCCAGUAGGUAACAGGCAACAGGUGAACCCCUCCCCCCAGGUACCAACGUCCUCCGGAGGUCUGCACUUCUGAAUGGACUUCUGAUCCUCCGGAAUAGGAACACGCUAAAACGUUUAUUCACCCCAACAUGAGCUGAUAUGAAAACAUGAGCAUUCACUUUUCCUUGUGCCUUUAUUUCUGCAGCUGGCAGCUUAGAACGUAUCUUCUUGUCAAUGUAUCCGUGCCUUGUUGUAUAUGGAAAUCCUCUUUGUGAGGCCAUCCUGUGGAGCUGCUCUGACAUAAGGGAAGCCGUAGGAGAUGCAGUAUGUGAAGGUUUUAUCCCUAAGUGUAUUUCAAGGCCCUUAAACUAAACGUCCAAUGGGAACAAGGGAACCCGUCUCUGUGGAGAUGGGAGGACGUGUCCCAUUGAUGAGGGGACUGGUCCAGCAAUGCAUUCUGCUCACAUUCACCUGCUUCUGCUCUUCGGCGUGGCUCCGUCACAUCUGCUCUUCAUUCCAGAUGUUUGUUUCUCCCACACUACAAGCAGUGGUUUGGGUUGAACCUGAGUGGGGAAGCAUGGCAGCUUUAUCGUAGUCCAGCUGUAUUGUGGGAAAUCACUCAGUAUUCAACCUUCUCCGGAGAAAUCUGGUUGUUUUGGGAAAUAGCUUUGGGUAAAAUCCCUCAAAUCUUCAAGAGAAUUCUAAAGUCUGGGAGGACAGAUGUACUACGCCCCCCCCCCCCCCCCGCCCUGACUGAGGAUCUCAGUCCACGGAGCCUUUCAGCAAGCCAGCAAACAAAUGCCUUUGGUGAUGAACACAGACACGUGAUGCCUGUAGCCACUACGAAAGGAAACGCAGGAGCCAGAUGUUUUAUUCCCAGCUGUGUCGUAACGCUAACAUGUGCCUUGCCAUAUUCCUGUUUUUUUUGUAAAAGAAAAACAAGUGCAUAAUCCACUUAUAUUUAGCCAAGUAGUUAUAGUAUCUAUAUCAUAAUAUAUGUUGAACAAAUAACCAGCCUUUGUUUACUGUUGAAUGCUUUUUCAUAUAUACGUGUGCAAUGAUUACAACUGUCUGGCUCAUUUGUUUAUAAAAAUCAAUGUUUAAGAGCA